UUAUAUUCUACAAUUAUUUUGGAGUAUUAUUUUUUUUGACAUAUUUUUCAGAUAUAUCUUGGAGAACAAAAGUAACGAAAGAAGAAAUAAAGAUUGGGCUGAGCCUAAAUAUUAAAUUGGCCCAACCUAAGGCCCAUUCUAAUAAUCUUUGGAAAGAGAUAAAAGAAGAAGUAUUCCGUAAAAAAAAAGAAGAAAUAGGCGGCACGGCUCGGCGAUAAUUACUCCGUCUAUGGUGGACUUGAUCCCGGCGACGAUGACUGGAGCAGCGAUAAGGAAAGCGGCAGCCUGCGUCGGUUCUGGGGUCUGUGCACAGUUCAACAAAGAAGAAGAACCAGGGGAGCAUUUAUUGUUUAUUCCUUUUAAACCGUAUUUGAUUUUACUUUUUUAUAUUACUAGGAUAUGCAAUUUGUUCAAUUUCCAAAUUAUGAAUUUGAUUUCAAAAAUUAUAUAUUUUAUUCUCAAAUCUUACUUUCGUGUUAAAUGUUUAAAAUUAUAUUAUAAGUGUUGAAUUAUGUGUGUUGAUGUUGAAUUGUUCAAGUUUUCAUUUAUUGAUUUAUUAUUAUCUCUGAGAUUAUAAAACCCUCUUAGGCUAAAUUGUUUGAGAAAAAGAUUUGGUUGUUUUUGUCGAAUUAAUUUGACUUUAUUAAAUUGAAACUCGAAAAGGUGUUAUGAGAACUAUUAUUCACCAAAUUUUACUUAAAUUGGACCAAAUUAGGAUCGCGACCUAAUCCAGUUUAAAAUGAUAUUCUUUUAAAGUCCAAAGUGUUUUAAAUAGCCGAACUUUUCUAGAAACUAAAUGUCACUUGAUUAGUCUUGGCUGCCUCGUUAAGUGGUUUUGCUAAUCAAGGUUCUUGAACCGAUUUUGUUAAAUAACCGUAUUGUUACUGCAAAGUUGUUGGAUGUUUUCCAAAGAUUUUAAUGUGUUGUUCUUAGUAGUAACAUAAGGGUUGGUUUUUAGGUUGCUAAGGGUAGUAGGGUUUAGAGUUAGGGUUGGUCUUUAGGUUGCUAAGGGUAGUAGGGUUUAGAGUUAGGGUUGGUCUUAACAUGAGCUAAUAUGAAUGGGAGAAUAGAGAAGAACCGUUGGUGGACCUCUUCUUCAGCCUAACCCUGAGUUUAAUUAGCAGUUUAAUUUCAGAAUUAAGGCAUAAUUAAUUGGUUGAUCAUUUUAGUUCAGAUUAUUUUUUAUUAAAAACUAUAAGUAUUUUUAAAAUGGUUUAAGUUACUUACUAUUGUCUACGUUUUUAUAAAGUUUAAAUUUUUUAGUCAGUUUUUAUUCAAUAAAAGUGACAAGUAAACUGAUUUUUAUAGCUUAAAAAGUAUCUUUCCUUGUGGGAUCGACCCUUACUCGCCCUAUCUAUAUGUUUUAAUCAAUAUUAAUUCAUAAAAGGGGUUAAGAGUUAAGGAAAUAAUAAAUUAAUUUGCAGGUGCUACGACACGCCUAUCAACAGAUUUUUUUGAUACUUAACUCUUUUAUUCAUAAUUAACUUCUCCAAUGCUUCAAGUUUUUAUACAAGUGAAUUGUAUAUUUAUAGAUAAAUAUAUAAUGGAUAAUUUAAGAGUCUCCCUCCAAACGAUAACUUGAAGCGACGUCUUUGAAAUUGUUCCUAAAUAAAAUCAUUAAGCUUAUUAUUCUUUGUAUGGCGUGUAUAUUGGUUUGCUUGUUAGAAAUAACCUACACCACGUCGGGAUCUAAUUGAAUUAGCAAUAGUAUUUUAAGUUCAUUUCAACGGUUCUACAAAUAUUGAUCAACUAGUGCCCCAUAAAACAUCUUUAAACUUUUGAAUUGUAUAAUUUUAGUAAACAUAAUCGACAUACAAUGUACGGAGUACAAAUCUGUGUUAGCCCAAAGUGUUCAAUGUUCGAAAAGGCGAAACGUAAACGCGCCUCAAGGCGCGCCUCGGAACUUUUUCCGGAAAAAAACGCCUCAAGGCUAAUCCCGUUUUCACGCUUUAGGCUUUUUUACGCUAUUCUCUGAAAGGCGUACGCGCCGGUGCGCGCAAUAAGGCUUACACAAUAAGGCUUACGAAAUUGGAAAUUAACCAAUUAAAAUUUUGGGUAUUGAACCGUUUAAGUUGUCAAUUACUCCAAUUAAUUAACCCAAUUGGAGUAUAUAUCCUAAAAUUACCCAAAAUUAGUGUCGAUUACCCUCCUAAUCUUUGUCGAUUACUUUUGGCGAGCUACAAACCGUCUCCAGCCGUCCAGCAUCGCCGUCUGCAGCCUUCUUCUCCGGCGAAAGGUAUGCAGUCUUCUUCCCCGUCUGCAGUCUGCGUUUCUUUCCCCGAAAAGGUAUGCAACCUUCUUCUCCGGCGAGCUGCAUUUUAUGUUUUGGGUAAUUGUUCAUUUGUCCUGCGGCUUCUGCGUUUUAUCUCUGCGUUUUUCCAGUCUUCUUUCCACCUGUUAAUAUCCUCUUUUUUUUCUUAUUUUUUUGAUUACUGAUGUGCUAAUUGUUCUAUUUUUUUUUGUUUUUAAGAUGAAUUAUUGCAUAGUAUCGUAUUGUUUAUUCGAGCAAAAUUAUGUUUGAUUCCAUGUUAGACUUUGUUAUGUUUGCGAUGUAUUGCUUUGACAAUAUACUCUUUUCAUGUUUUUGGAUUAUUUAUGUUAUACAUUAUGUUCUAUCUUUGGUUUUAUAUUAUUUUGUGAAUGUUUUUCAAUUUAAAAUUGAGGCUUACGCCUCAAAACGCCUCAAGGCUUACGCCUUACGCCAUGAAAUGAAAACGCCUCAAAACCGCAAUACGCCUUUUCGAACAUUGAAAGUGUUCACUCUUAAUGAUAAUUAGAAAUCUUGAAAAUUGGAAUGGAAUACUGCAUUCAGCGGUUGGUAUCAGUCUGUAAACUAAGACUUGACUCCAUGCAACAAAACCUACAGAUAAUAUCACAUCAAAACAAAAUGCAACUAAGAACAAUAGUAAAAGCCUCCCUUGUCUGUAGAGGGACAAAAAAUAAAUUGUUCCUUUCUUUUUAAGCUACUAAACUAAUACGUCUUGAUAUGCAAGCAAACAUAUUAUCAAUUAAGAAAAAUGAUCAUGGAAAAAAAUAUCAAAGAAGGUUUUGAAAUGGUAUCUUCCCCUUCAUAAAACUAAUGACCUCUUGCGUGCAUGGUUACUUAAAGACAUAAUAAAACCAAAAUGACGAUAUAAAAUGUAAAGGGCCAAGCUUUUUAAUCAAAACAAACAGAAAUCUUUAAAUCUUUUCUGAUGAUUAUUAAAAUGGGACAUUUGGUGCACGUAGAAUAAUUACUACCUAAGAUGUGAAUUUAUUUCUUUAACUGAUUUUUAUAUGGCUGAACUCAUGAAUAAGAUGGAUGAGUAUUUGGUUCCAAAUUAAACUACUUAGGUAGAGUUUUUACAAACUGUUCUUCUAAAGAAUUUUUAGUAUUUUGCUCUAGCUGCAAAUGUGGAUAUCAAAUGAGAGGCGCACUAUUUCUACUUGAUUCUUUGAGUUUCAUGUAUUAAGUUGAUCAAGAAAUCAUUAAAGAUCUUUAUUUUUUUGAUAUUUGCAUGCAAAAUGCAACGGUUAUUGUUGCAAGUAACAAUUGAAUCUUUCGAUAUGAAGUUGAUGGGUGGUUAGAGUCCAUUUUAAAAAAGAUUUCAUUUUCAAGAAGAAACAAAAACCUGUUAGGCCUGUCCUCAGGGAAAUAUGCAUUGAAGAUCAUACAAGGCAUUUCAAGCAUGGAUUUUGAGGUAAAAUCUUUUCAUAUUUUCAACCACCUUGAGUGAAACCUAACUUUUGAAUCUAAACUACUGAUUUUCAUAAUGAGAUCAAAACUGGUAAGUUGUUGCUGCAUCGGUCCUUUAUUUGCCUAAUUGGAUAUGACCGAAGAUUUAGGGAUGUUCCGAGUUCUUAGGUUGAGAUGGGUCUGAUUGUUCUUCCACUAAUGAUGAAUGGGGACCUAUCAACAAACAUUGAAGGUAUCUCUAUAGAUCUUCUUUUGCUUAAAACUAAUUCAAAAUACUUUACCCUUUUAUAGUUUUCAUUUUAUUGUUGUGUCUAUUCACACAAAUCGAUAAAACUAGAAGGGUUGCUCUUGUAAUGCAUGGGCCCAGCAUGAGUGAAAUUAAGUAAUUUGGUUCAGAGGUAGACAUGCCUAGUCAGCAAAGACUUGUCCUCAACCCUUGAGAUACAAAAAUUUCUUUAUAAAUGUUAUAAUUAAUAGCACUUGGUUGUAGUGACUCAAAAUACUUUGUAUACACACUUAUUCUGGUAUCUCUAGGUGAACUUUACUUUUACAAAUGUGAAUAUAAAAUGAUACUAAAAGGAUGCACCUUUGACAUGAUAUUUUUAUUAUUUAUCUUUUCGGACUUUGCCAGGAUCUACGCUAUGCCCAAAUGACAUAGAACAAGUAACUGUGUCUACUGUUUUCUUGCAGUAUGACGAUCAUACUUUUCUUAAAAUUCAAGUAAAAACAUACUCAGUAUAGAAGGUAAGUAAAACACGAUAUCUGAGGAAUACGUUAUCCAACAAACUUAAGAUAAUUGAAAUCAUCCUCUUUUUUGGUUCAUCAGUUAUCCAAUGGUUCUUUCCUAAUAGCUUAGUUGCCUUAUAAUUUGAUGAAAAACCAUGGCUGGUUUGCCAAACUUGCUUCAGCCUCACAGUUGCAUUGUCUAUUCUAACUUGUCAAUGACUACCUGAAGUCCAUCUGUUUUUUUUAACAGCUCUCAUGGUUUAGAAUUAAAGACAAAAAAAGAAAAUGCUAGCAAAGCUCCAGUCAUACCCAUAUUCUUAUACUAAGGGGCAGUGGCAUUGUAUCCUGGAAGUCCUUCCAUCUUCUUCCAAGG